AUGGCUGCCAGUGAUGGUCUACUGGGUGUCAGCUUUUAUUGGCACAAUACAAAGCGAAGUGCCAAGGUCUGCUGCCUCGAUUCCCCCAGCAGAUUCGGCCUCUGGAAUAAAAGCUUGCAAAAUGUCUCGUACGAGCACAGAGACAUAGCAAUGCUGGGCUGGAAGGAGGAAGUGCAGUGGAGAGGGGAGGGACCGCGCGCAGAGUUCCAUAGUGCUGCCGCGCCACUGAGAACUUCUGCACAUGGAGUGGCGGGGGACAGCUGGAAGAGCUUCAUACUACAAACUCAAGGAAUAGCAGAAUACCUGCACAGGAUGGAAACCGAGGAGGCACAGGAAAUGUCCCAGAUAGCAGGAAAGGACAGCCCUACUGCCAAUGAAGGGGGAGAUGACCAAGAUGAGGCCAUGCCAAUUCCUGAGGACCUGUCAGCCAGCACAGGCCUCCAAAACAACCGCACAGAAAAAACGCUGGCCUGCAAUAUAAAAGUUGAGGCUCGGAGUGACGAGGAGAACGGGCUGGCCUGUGAGAUGAAUGGAGAGGAAGAGGAAUGUGCAGCCGAGGACUUGCGCGUGCUCGAUGCUUCGGGGGCCAAAGUGAACGGCUCUCACGCAGGCCCUGACAGCAAGCCGGCCGCCUACCCCAUGGCCGGGGGCAUCCGCCUCCCCAACGGGAAGCUGAAGUGCGAUAUCUGUGGGAUAGUUUGCAUUGGGCCCAAUGUGUUGAUGGUGCACAAGCGAAGUCACACGGAACGAAGACAUUUGUACAGAUUCGGACAACUUGAGGGUGAGAGGCCAUUCCAGUGUAGCCAGUGUGGUGCCUCAUUCACUCAAAAGGGUAACUUGCUUCGACACAUCAAACUGCACUCUGGCGAGAAACCCUUCAAAUGCCACCUGUGUAACUAUGCCUGUCGCCGUAGAGAUGCUCUCACUGGUCACCUGCGCACUCACUCAGUCGGAAAACCCCAUAAGUGUGCAUAUUGCGGGCGCAGCUACAAGCAGCGAAGUUCUCUGGAAGAACAUAAAGAGAGAUGUCACAAUUACCUGCAGUGCAUGGGCCUUCAGAAUAGCAUUUAUACAGUGAAGGAAGAGAGCAGCCAGAAUGAGCAGAGGGAGGACGUGCCUGCGUCUGAGAGGGCCAUGGUGCUAGACAGGAUAGCUAACAAUGUAGCAAAGCGUAAGAGCUCUAUGCCACAGAGGUUUGUGGGAGAGAACCGUUUAUCCGAGCUUUCAUUUGAUGGAGGCUCUGGAGAGCUCAUGCAGCCUCACGUGAUCGAUCAGGCCAUCAACAGUGCUAUCAGCUACCUGGGAGCGGAGUCCUUGCGACCUCUGGUUCAGACCUCACCCUCUGACAUAGUGGUCAGCCCCAUCUAUAAUCUCCACAAGACACAAUCUGUCGAAGGCAACGGCGUGUCAGCUAAAGACAGCGCCGCGGAGCACCUCCUUCUGCUCUCCAAAUCCAAGUCGGCCUCCGUGGAGAAGGACGGCUCCCCCAGCCACAGUGGCCAGGAUUCCACCGACACAGAGAGCAACAACGAAGAUCGGGGAACCGGGGCUGCAGGUGGUCUCAUCUACCUGACCAAUCACAUGCGUAACGGAGGCUUGCCCAUGGUCAAGGAGGAGCAGCAGCGGCAUUUCGAGGCACUGCGCGCCGCAGGUAUGGAGCUGAGUUUGGCGUCGUCGGAGGGAUUUAAGGUGUUGAGCGGAGAGGGAGAAGAGGUGAGGGCGUACCGCUGCGUCCAUUGCAGGGUAUUGUUCCUGGACCACGUCAUGUACACCAUUCACAUGGGUUGCCAUGGUUUCCGAGACCCCUUCGAGUGCAACCUGUGCGGUUACCGUAGUCAGGACCGUUACGAGUUCUCUUCGCACAUCACGCGUGGAGAACAUCGCUUCUGAGUUGCUCCACCUACACAACACUUACACAUGGUCUUCCAGAAUUCCAAAAUUUACCGUCCCAGCACUGUACACAUGUUUGUAAUUUGUUUUAGAAGUUUCUGUUCACGUUGGUUGAUUUGAACAUAUGUAUAUACAUUAUAUAUUUCAUUGUUUUGUCUAUUUUUCUACAAUGGUGUGAGUUAACUUUGAGUGGUCACAGGCAAAAUAUUGUGUGUAUACUGUAACUAAAAAUAGAAAUGAAGUAUUUCAAAUGCAACAUUCACAAGUAACCCCAUAAGAAAUGAAAAUGUUUUAGCAGGCCUGAACUUAGAGAAAAAAACAGUAAUGCUAAAAAUAAUAAUACAGUGUACCUUAUAUCAUUACAUCAGUAUUGUGAUCCAGUAGUGAUUCAUUUCUGUCUCCCUAUUCUGUUUGUUUCAACUGUUUUAUAAAAGCCAUUAUUUUUCUCAUCUUGAUUUUAAAUAUAAAUAUUUUUAUAUUAUCUAAGCCGUUUAAACAAGUGCGUAUUGUUUUAUAAUUUAUUUACAGUGAAAUUAUAGUUGUUCAUUUUGUUUACAUUUUAAAAUGCUCCCAUUUGUUAUGUAUUAUAUGAACCAGACAUAUAACAGAACAUAUUUGUACCUUUGUGCUUUAGAUGUUUUGACCUUCUUUUUAUGCUCGGGGUUUUAUUUAACAGUAUAGUUUUUCAGCAUUUGUCUCGUACACCAACAUCCUAGAAUAUACAUGCCUGCAAACUAUGAAUAAAGGAUAUUUUACAGUUGUUCA